UCCACAGUAGAGGCGAGCGGAGCGGAUCAUAUGUUCGCCUCCUCCUUCCCCCCCCUUUUUAAGAAUUGGUGCGUCCCAUCUCCGCCGCCUGAACAGCGAGCGGUACGAAGGCGAGUUCAUUCCAGGAAAAAAAAGGGGGGGAUAUAAAUUACGGAGAUUGAACCAAGCAGGCGAGCCAGAAGUCAAGGGAAUCGGAUACCACCAGAUCACUCUGAAAAAUGCUUGGAUUCUUAAAACAGCCAAUUGUCUUUUCGGUGGAAAUCAAUGUCAACCUGGUGGUUUUGACUGCACUUGGAUUAAUCAGCCGGCUGUGGGCUCUGUCCUAUCCCAGAGCCGUAGUUUUUGAUGAAGUUUAUUACGGCCAGUUCCUCUCCUUGUACAUGAAGCGGAUAUUUUUCAUAGAUGAUAGCGGGCCGCCGUUCGGCCACAUGCUUUUCGCUUUGGGAGGUUAUUUAGGGGGAUUUGAUGGAAAUUUCUUGUGGAACAGAAUAGGAGCAGAGUACAACACCAAUGUGCCCAUUUGGGCUUUGCGGCUGCUACCAGCCAUAGCUGGUGGCUUAAGCAUUCCCUUGGCAUACCAAAUACUGGUUGAGCUACAUUUCACCCAUUUCGCUGCCCUGGGCGCUGCGGUCCUGAUUUUAUUCGAAAACUCUCUAAUUACUCAAUCCAGGCUGAUGCUGCUGGAGUCAAUUUUAAUUUUCUUCAUCCUGUUGGCAGUUUUAUCUUAUCUGAAGUUUCACAACUUGCAGAAAGAAAGCCCUUUUUCUGCAAGAUGGUGGCUUUGGCUGUUACUAACAGGGAUCUCCUGUUCCUGUGCGGUUGGGGUGAAAUACAUGGGCCUCUUCACUUACCUGCUCAUUCUGUGCCUGGCGGGCAUCCAUUCCUGGCAGCUGCUUGGCGAUCGGUCCCUGCCCAACAUCUCCCUGCUGGGGCAUUUCUUGGCCCGGGGUUUAGCUCUCCUGGUCCUUCCCGUCGCUCUCUACCUCUCGUUUUUCUACGUUCACUUGGUUUUGCUGUAUCGAUCUGGUCCCCACGAUCAAAUCAUGAGCAGCGCCUUUCAAGCAAGUUUAGAGGGAGGGCUUUCUCGCAUCACUCAGGGACAGCCCUUGGAAGUGGCUUAUGGAUCCCAGAUUACUUUGAGGAAUAUCUUGGGCAAACCCUUACCGUGUUGGCUUCAUUCCCACCGGAAUACCUAUCCCAUCAGGUACGACAACGGACGGGGCAGUUCCCAUCAGCAACAGGUGACCUGCUAUCCGUUUAAGGACGUGAAUAACUGGUGGAUCAUCAAAGAUCCUGGAAGGCAGCAGUUGGUAGCUAGCAACCCGCCACGGCCUGUGCGACAUGGCAACAUUGUUCAACUGGUCCAUGGAAUCACAACCCGCUACCUUAACACGCACGACGUGGCUGCGCCCCUCAGCCCACACUCCCAAGAGGUCUCCUGUUACAUCGAUUACAACAUCUCCAUGCCUGCACAGAACCUCUGGAGAGUGGAAAUUGUGAACCGCGACUCAGAAAAUGAGAUUUGGAAAACGAUCCUGUCCGAAGUCAGACUGAUCCACGUCAACACAUCGGCCGUGUUAAAGCUUAGCGGAGCUUCUCUCCCUGAGUGGGGCUACCGACAACUGGAGGUGAUCGGUGAGAAGAUCUCCAAGGGAUACCACCAAAGCAUGUUGUGGAACGUGGAAGAACACCGAUAUGGGAAAAGCCAUGAGCAGAAAGAGAGAGAGGUAGAAUUGCACCUGCCCACUCAGAUCAACAUCAGCCAGAAUCUCACUUUCGUUGCCAAGUUCACCGAAUUGCAGUGGAAGAUCCUUACCCUGAAAAACGAGGACACGGAACAUAAAUACAGCUCAUCUCCCUUGGAUUGGAUCACCCUGGACACCAACAUUGCUUACUGGUUCCAUUCCAGCUCAGGGGCUCAAAUUCACCUUCUUGGCAACCUCGUCAGCUGGACAUCGGCCAACGUAGCCACCAUCGUCUACGUGGUUUUGUUCCUGGGGUACCUGCUCCGGCGGCGGCGGAAAAUCCGGGAUAUCCCUGAAGAGACUUGGCAGCAGUGGCUCCUGGCUGGAGGGAUCUGCGUGGGCGGAUGGGCCGCCAACUACCUGCCUUUCUUCCUGAUGGAGAAGAACCUUUUCCUUUAUCAUUACCUGCCGGCCGUUACUUUCCAAAUCCUCCUGAUCCCCAUCAUUUUGCAGCACACCAGCGACUUCCUCUGCAGGUCAAAAAUUUCAAAGAGCAUGCACAGUGCUUUGGUGGCGGCCUGGAUGUCUUCCGUCUACUUUACGUAUCACACAUUCCGGCCGCUGACUUACGGAAACCCGGCCCUCUCAAAAUCUGAGUUACAAGCUCUACGCUGGAAGGACAGCUGGGACAUUCUGAUCCGGAAACGCUGACACCAAGCCUGAGAAAUGGAGACGAUGUGUGACCGGAUGGCCAACAAAAAGGAGAAAAGAAUUCAUCUGAAGUCAAGAUUUCUUCCAUUUUGGAACCGUUCUGUAAUCCUAGAAGCAGUGUUGUCGAAUUGGAAAUGCCUGUAGAAUGGAUUUGGGAGUUGUUUUGUAGCCUUUUACCCCUCGUAUUGGUUUGCAGAGUUAAAAUUCAAAUGGAUAGGAAUGUAUUUGGACAAGGGAAAGAAAUCUCAGCGUUCCGACCAAACUCUCCAUCUCAAUUCAGCACUCAGAGACAAAAGUCCAUCCAAGUAAUAAUUUAUUAAAGACGUCGUAUCGGCACAUCUGGGAAAACCUGAAUCGGAGAGUUCCGGGUUUUCCCUUCCCAAAAGAGAAAUCCAAAAUCUAUCCCCCGCGUCCAUCAGUCCAUCACAUGGCCCAAUCAAAUCUUCAUCCCAACUGGAGACGUUUCCCCCAGUCACUUCCCUCCAGGUGCAGGACAACAUGUCCUUGACUCUCUGAGAAAAUAAUGUUGUUGUGUCUAAUCUUCUACCUCGCUAAUGAAAUCCCCUCCUCCCAAAUUCCCAGGCACUGAAUGUAACAGCCUCAAGGCUUCCAAGGCUGACAGGGGCCCUUUUGCCCACUCAGGACAGAGAAAAGAGUCACUUGAGCAUGGAAAGAGGGCACAGGGCUAGCCUGAGACUCCUUCGAUGUGGAAAGGAUUCAUCGGAGGACUAUUCAACUCUGGCAGAACCAUCUCUGGAACAGCUAUGAAAGAGGAACAAGAUGAAAUAAAUCUUAAUGUGAAACUGCUGAUUAUAUCAGCCAAUAAAAUGAAGUCGGCUCCAUGAACCAAUACUGAGGCCUCCCAGAGGUGUCAUACGGGUCUAACUGGGAUCUGGGAAUUGAGGGACCUCCCAUGGAAGCAGAGCUGAUCAGGAAGACGUAAGAGUUAGAGGAAUGAGCUUCAGGUAUGGUAAGGAAAGGCAGAAGGAUGUCAUCAGCUACGCAGCUGCCUUGAUGAGCCUUGGACUAGGGGGUUCUGGACCACCAGGCAGGCCCUGGGAAGCAGGCGGGGCAGGUGGGGGCUGGGCAGA